UUGUGUAAACUGAUCCUACGCAUGUAAGACAAACCAGGCAGACACGUGUGCUCUUUUACAAGUGACCAAAAAUAUUCAGGAUUAGGCUAUUUUAGCUUGGCAUUACAUUUUUAUAUAGGCGACGAAUAAAACCACCGGGAAAGAAGAUAAAUCAGGUUGACACCAUAUGAAACUAAUAUUUGUGAAAGCAUGCAUACAACACGGUGUCUAGCACAUGAGUAAUUAAUACACUAAUUAAAAUUUAAUCUGUUGUUUGCCGCUUGUCUAACCUAAUUGGGAACCUGUGACGCUCCCGUUACUUCUGAUCAGAAUAAACCAGGCCUGCAACAAACUAGACAACAAAGUAAAAAAAGCAGGAGAAAUUCUCGUUAACACCUUUAAACAAUUGAUGUUCGUCGACAGGGAGUAUUUAAGAGUGCCAUUUUUUCGACUCCGUGCAUUUUUACUCCGUUUCUAUGGAAACUUAUCUAAACAGCAUCUCACUACCGCCUGUGUACGGAUGAGCUUACCGUCUUUAACUUUUACUGUCGUUUGUUUGUAAAUAUAGUAUAUUUUCGGUUUUUGGAACUUGCCAGCAUCUCUUUAUCUUUAUUUAUUUAUUUUUUAAUCUUACAAUGUCUAUCGGUCGGGCGUCUGCUUCACAACCCACAUCAACCAAAACCGUCGUUAUAUUCCGAAACGGAGGUUUUUAUCCGGGCCGGAGGUUUGUCAUCAAUCAACGUCAAUCCUCAACUUUUGACAGCUUUUUGAACACUGUCACGCGAGGUCUCACGGCCCCCUUUGGAGCAGUGCGAAAUAUUUACACCCCUGAUAAUGGUCAUAGGGUUGAAGAUCUGGAGCAGCUCGUUCAUGGAGAGAUAUAUGUGGCAGCCGGUGCAGAGAAGCUAAAAAAACUGGACUAUCAUCACAUAACAAUACAGAAACCUCAAAAAAAGAAGAGUGAACUGAUUCGACCUGUAGUUCACAGCAGAAUAAUUGUCCCAGCUCGCUGGAAGAGAAUCAGUAAUGAGCCGUGCACCAUCAAUGUUUUUACCAAUGGAGAUAUCUUGGUUCCUCCAGCCCGCGUGCUGAUUCCAAAACACACGCUGGCAAGCUGGGAAAAUGUCUUGACCAUGGUGACUGAGAAAGUUCACCUUCGGACAGGAGCUGUUCACAGAUUGUGCAUGCUGAAUGGAAAACCUUUACAUGGAGGAUAUGAGCUGCAGAACAGUCAUUAUUAUGUCGCUGUGGGUGUCGAGAGGUUCCGGCAUUUGCCGUAUUAUCAGCUGGUUCCGAGCAAAGGAGUAAUCCACGACCUCACUGAUGCGAUCAGCAGUGGCAUUCUUCCAGCCCUAAAAAGAGAAAAGCAAGAUGGAAAGCCGCUCUCGAAACCAGGAGUGGACACCGGUGACUCCGUUUUUUAUGCCAAAACGGACCAAACCAAACCGCCCAGGCAGGCCUCGGAAAUCCCAAACCUCCUCAGUACAGUGGAUAAAAGUAUCUUCAAAGCCACUAUCAAAAGAAACGAGACAGUAACAGCCUCUGAGGUCCUGGAAGAUAAAACUAUGAAGGUGGAUCUUCCUAUUGAACAGAUGGAUGUUAAAGAGAUUGAGGAGGAGCAGUCCCUCCACAAAGACACCCAACAAGAAAGUGGUGGUGACAACUCUGAAAAAGACUGCAACCUUCCGAAUGCAAGAUCACCCCCUUCCAGAAGUCAAGAGAUCUCAGAGUACGCAUCUCAUAUAAAUGAAUCAGAAGGAGCGUCCCAACUCAACAGUCAUGGAGACCAGACAUUAGCUCAACCACAACCAGCGGUAUAAAGCUCUCAACAUGUGAUUGUGAUGUCAUAUGAUAAAUCACAAGUCGUUCUUCACAAUGGAUGUGGUCAUGAGGAAUGAUUUGACACUCUGCUUUAUUUGCCUGUGAUCCAACCCCAGAAAAUUUGUCAAUUUAGAUACAGCACUUAUUGUGGUCCAAUAGUCUUCGACUCGCUAUGGCGGGAAUCUCAUAACGUUGAUGAAGGCGCACAACGGCGGUUUGGAAUAUUACAAUGCCGUGCAAUUUCACAGGGCUUGGAAACCGGAAGAUAUCGAGUCUUAUUUAAACAAUCAAUAACACGCAGCAUUCCGUUUAAUGAAAACUAUAAUUCCAGACAAAGGCAAUUACACCACCGGGUAUUGUUUUGGCGGUGUGAUUUUUGCUGUAGUCUGCAUUUCUGUAAUAAAGAUAUUCUUAUCGUAAUAAUUAUUGACUGGGGAGUGCGGUUAUUACCUUGUUAAGGACCUCAUCAAUAGUAUAAUUCAUUUCUUAUCACAUUUAGUCAUGUAUGGAGAUUGCCAAAUCAGAGGGUGCUAUAGAUCUCGGGAAUGGAACGUGUGUAAUAGAGAGUGGUAAUUUUCACCAGUCCAACCUUGGUUAAUUGGCAGAAUCAUCAGCACCUCUCAAAACACAAUUUGAUUUACAAGAGCGGGCCAGGGGGCUGUUUUUACGACUUUUCGUGGUCUCGGUACUAAAGACGCGGAAGUGCUAAUCUUGCAGGACUUGCAUAGAAGGACUGAGUAACGUUAACCAUUA